AUGCUCGCCUCUACUCUGCCCUCAUGCUCGCCUCUACUCUGCCCUCAUGCUCGCCUCUACUCUGCCCUCAUGCUCGCCUCUACUCUGCCCUCAUGCUCGCCUGUACUCUGCCCUCAUGCUCGCCUCUACUCUGCCCUCAUGCUCGCCUCUACUCUGCCCUCAUGCUCGCCUGUACUCUGCCCUCAUGCUCGCCUCUACUCUGCCCUCAUGCUCGCCUCUACUCUGCCCUCAUGCUCGCUUGUAUUAUUUUCUCAUGCUCGCCUCUACUCUGCCCUCAUGCUCGCCUCUACUCUGCCCUCAUGCUCGCCUCUACUCUGCCCUCAUGCUCGCCUGUACUCUGCCCUCAUGCUCGCCUCUACUCUGCCCUCAUGCUCGCCUCUACUCUGCCCUCAUGCUCGACUGUACUCUGCCCUCAUGCUCGCCUCUACUCUGCUCUCAUGCUCGCCUCUACUCUGCCCUCAUGCUCACCUCUACUCUGCCCUCAUGCUCGCCUCUACUCUGCCCUCAUGCUCGCCUGUAUUAUUUUCUCAUGCUCGCCUCUACUCUGCCCUCAUGCUCGCCUCUACUCUGCCCUCAUGCUCGCCUCUACUCUGCCCUCAUGCUCGCCUCUACUCUGCCCUCAUGCUCGCCUGUAUUAUUUUCUCAUGCUCGCCUCUACUCUGCCCUCAUGCUCGCCUCUACUCUGCCCUCAUGCUCGCCUGUACUCUGCCCUCAUGCUCGCCUCUACUCUGCCCUCAUGCUCGCCUCUACUCUGCCCUCAUGCUCGCUUGUAUUAUUUUCUCAUGCUCGCCUCUACUCUGCCCUCAUGCUCGCCUCUACUCUGCCCUCAUGCUCGCCUCUACUCUGCCCUCAUGCUCGCCUGUACUCUGCCCUCAUGCUCGCCUCUACUCUGCCCUCAUGCUCGCCUCUACUCUGCCCUCAUGCUCACCUCUACUCUGCCCUCAUGCUCGCCUCUACUCUGCCCUCAUGCUCGCCUGUAUUAUUUUCUCAUGCUCGCCUCUACUCUGCCCUCAUGCUCGCCUCUACUCUGCCCUCAUGCUCGCCUCUACUCUGCCCUCAUGCUCGCCUCUACUCUGCCCUCAUGCUCGCCUGUAUUAUUUUCUCAUGCUCGCCUCUACUCUGCCCUCAUGCUCGCCUCUACUCUGCCCUCAUGCUCGCCUGUACUCUGCCCUCAUGCUCGCCUCUACUCUGCCCUCAUGCUUGCCUCUACUCUGCCCUCAUGCUCGCCUCUACUCUGCCCUCAUGCUCGCCUCUACUCUGCCCUCAUGCUCGCCUCUACUCUGCCCUUAUGCUCGCCUGUACUCUGCCCUCAUGCUCGCCUCUACUCUGCCCUCAUGCUUGCCUCUACUCUGCCCUCAUGCUCGCCUCUACUCUGCCCUCAUGCUCGUCUCUACUCUGCCCUCAUGCUCGUCUCUACUCUGCCCUCAUGCUCGCCUGUACUCUGCCCUCAUGCUCGCCUGUACUCUGCCCUCAUGCUCGCCUCUACUCUGCCCUCAUGCUCGCCUGUACUCUGCCCUCAUGCUCGCCUCUACUCUGCCCUCAUGCUCGCCUCUACUCUGCCCUCAUGCUCGCCUCUACUCUGCCCUCAUGCUCGCCUCUACUCUGCCCUCAUGCUCGCCUCUACUCUGCCCUCAUGCUCGCCUGUAUUAUUUUCUCAUGCUCGCCUGUACUCUGCCCUCAUGCUCGCCUCUACUCUGCCCUCAUGUUUGUCUCUACUCUGCCCUCAUGCUCGCCUCUACUCUGCCCUCAUGCUCGCCUGUACUCUGCCCUCAUGCUCGCCUCUACUCUGCCCUCAUGCUCGCCUCUACUCUGCCCUCAUGCUCGCCUGUACUCUGCCCUCAUGCUCGCCUCUACUCUGCCCUCAUGCUCGCCUCUACUCUGCCCUCAUGCUCGCCUGUAUUAUUUUCUCAUGCUCGCCUGUACUCUGCCCUCAUGCUCGCCUCUACUCUGCCCUCAUGUUUGUCUCUACUCUGCCCUCAUGCUCGCCUCUACUCUGCCCUCAUGCUCGCCUGUACUCUGCCCUCAUGCUCGCCUCUACUCUGCCCUCAUGCUCGCCUCUACUCUGCCCUCAUGCUCACCUGUACUCUGCCCUCAUGCUCGCCUCUACUCUGCCCUCAUGCUCGCCUCUACUCUGCCCUCUUGCUCGUCUCUACUCUGCCCUCAUGCUCGCCUCUACUCUGCCCUCAUGCUCGUCUCUACUCUGCCCUCAUACUCGCCUCUACUCUGCCCUCAUGCUCGCCUGUACUCUGCCCUCAUGCUCGCCUCUACUCAGCCAUCAUGCUCGCCUGUACUCUGCCCUCAUGCCCGCCUCUACUCUACCCUCAUGCUCGCCUGUACUCUGCCCUCAUGCUCGCCUCUACUCUGCCCUCAUGCUCGCCUGUAUUAUUUUCUCAUGCUCGCCUCUACUCUGCCCUCAUGCUCGCCUCUACUCUGCCCUCAUGCUCGCCUGUACUCUGCCCUCAUGCUCGCCUCUACUCUGCCCUCAUGCUCACCUGUACUCUGCCCUCAUGCUCGCCUCUACUCUGCCCUCAUGCUCGCCUCUACUCUACCCUCAUGCUCGCCUGUACUCUGCCCUCAUGCUCGCCUGUAUUAUUUUCUCAUGCUCGCCUGUACUCUGCCCUCAUGCUCGCCUCUACUCUGCCCUCAUGCUCGCCUGUACUCUGCCCUCAUGCUCGCCUCUACUCUGCCCUCAUGCUCGCCUCUACUCUGCCCUCAUGCUCGCCUCUACCCUGCCCUCAUGCUCGCCUCUACUCUGCCCUCAUGCUCGCCUCUACUCUGCCCUCAUGCUCGCCUGUACUCUGCCCUCAUGCUCGCCUCUACUCUGCCCUCAUGCUCACCUGUACUCUGCCCUCAUGCUCGCCUCUACUCUGCCCUCAUGCUCGCCUCUACUCUACCCUCAUGCUCGCCUGUACUCUGCCCUCAUGCUCGCCUGUAUUAUUUUCUCAUGCUCGCCUGUACUCUGCCCUCAUGCUCGCCUCUACUCUGCCCUCAUGCUCGCCUGUACUCUGCCCUCAUGCUCGCCUCUACUCUGCCCUCAUGCUCGCCUCUACUCUGCCCUCAUGCUCGCCUCUACUCUGCCCUCAUGCUCACCUCUACUCUGCCCUCAUGCUCGCCUCUACUCUGCCCUCAUGCUCGCCUGUAUUAUUUUCUCAUGCUCGCCUCUACUCUGCCCUCAUGCUCGCCUCUACUCUGCCCUCAUGCUCGCCUCUACUCUGCCCUCAUGCUCGCCUCUACUCUGCCCUCAUGCUCGCCUGUAUUAUUUUCUCAUGCUCGCCUCUACUCUACCCUCAUGCUCGCCUCUACUCUGCCCUCAUGCUCGCCUGUACUCUGCCCUCAUGCUCGCCUCUACUCUGCCCUCAUGCUCGCCUCUACUCUGCCCUCAUGCUCGCCUCUACUCUGCCCUCAUGCUCGUCUCUACUCUGCCCUCAUGCUCGUCUCUACUCUGCCCUCAUGCUCGCCUGUACUCUGCCCUCAUGCUCGCCUGUACUCUGCCCUCAUGCUCGCCUCUACUCUGCCCUCAUGCUCGCCUCUACUCUGCCCUCAUGCUCGCCUCUACUCUGCCCUCAUGCUCGCCUCUACUCUGCCCUCAUGCUCGCCUCUACUCUGCCCUCAUGCUCGCCUCUUCUCUGCCCUCAUGCUCGCCUCUACUCUGCCCUCAUGCUCGCCUGUAUUAUUUUCUCAUGCUCGCCUGUACUCUGCCCUCAUGCUCGCCUCUACUCUGCCCUCAUGUUUGUCUCUACUCUGCCCUCAUGCUCGCCUCUACUCUGCCCUCAUGCUCGCCUGUACUCUGCCCUCAUGCUCGCCUCUACUCUGCCCUCAUGCUCGCCUCUACUCUGCCCUCAUGCUCGCCUGUACUCUGCCCUCAUGCUCGCCUCUACUCUGCCCUCAUGCUCGCCUCUACUCUGCCCUCAUGCUCGCCUCUACUCUGCCCUCAUGCUCGCCUCUACUCUGCCCUCAUGCUCGUCUCUACUCUGCCCUCAUGCUCGUCUCUACUCUGCCCUCAUGCUCGCCUGUACUCUGCCCUCAUGCUCGCCUGUACUCUGCCCUCAUGCUCGCCUCUACUCUGCCCUCAUGCUCGCCUGUACUCUGCCCUCAUGCUCGCCUCUACUCUGCCCUCAUGCUCGCCUCUACUCUGCCCUCAUGCUCGCCUCUACUCUGCCCUCAUGCUCGCCUCUUCUCUGCCCUCAUGCUCGCCUCUACUCUGCCCUCAUGCUCGCCUGUAUAAUUUUCUCAUGCUCGCCUGUACUCUGCCCUCAUGCUCGCCUCUACUCUGCCCUCAUGUUUGUCUCUACUCUGCCCUCAUGCUCGCCUCUACUCUGCCCUCAUGCUCGCCUGUACUCUGCCCUCAUGCUCGCCUCUACUCUGCCCUCAUGCUCGCCUCUACUCUGCCCUCAUGCUCGCCUGUACUCUGCCCUCAUGCUCGCCUCUACUCUGCCCUCAUGCUCGCCUCUACUCUGCCCUCAUGCUCGCCUGUACUCUGCCCUCAUGCUCGCCUCUACUCUGCCCUCAUGCUCGCCUCUACUCUGCCCUCAUGUUUGUCUCUACUCUGCCCUCAUGCUCGCCUCUACUCUGCCCUCAUGCUCGCCUGUACUCUGCCCUCAUGCUCGCCUCUACUCUGCCCUCAUGCUCGCCUCUACUCUGCCCUUAUGCUCGCCUGUACUCUGCCCUCAUGCUCGCCUCUACUCUGCCCUCAUGCUCGCCUCUACUCUGCCCUCAUGCUCGCCUCUACUCUGCCCUCAUGCUCGCCUCUACUCUGCCCUCAUGCUCGCCUGUAUUAUUUUCUCAUGCUCACCUCUACUCUGCCCUCAUGCUCGCCUCUACUCUGCCCUCAUGCUCGCCUGUACUCUGCCCUCAUGCUCGCCUGUACUCUGCCCUCAUGCUCGCCUCUACUCUGCCCUCAUGCUCGUCUCUACACUGCCCUCAUGCUCGCCUCUACUCUGCCCUCAUGCUCGUCUCUACUCUGCCCUCAUGCUCGCCUCUACUCUGCCCUCAUGCUCGCCUGUACUCUGCCCUCAUGCUCGCCUCUACUCUGCCCUCAUGCUCGCCUGUACUCUGCCCUCAUGCCCGCCUCUACUCUACCCUCAUGCUCGCCUGUACUCUGCCCUCAUGCUCGCCUCUACUCUGCCCUCAUGCUCGCCUGUAUUAUUUUCUCAUGCUCGCCUCUACUCUGCCCUCAUGCUCGCCUGUAUUAUUUUCUCAUGCUCGCCUCUACUCUGCCCUCAUGCUCGCCUCUACUCUGCCCUCAUGCUCGCCUGUACUCUGCCCUCAUGCUCGCCUCUACUCUGCCCUCAUGCUCGCCUGUACUCUACCCUCAUGCUCGCCUGUACUCUGCCCUCAUGCUCGCCUCUACUCUGCCCUCAUGCUCGCCUCUACUCUGCCCUCAUGCUCGCCUCUACUCUGCCCUCAUGCUCGCUUGUAUUAUUUUCUCAUGCUCGCCUCUACUCUGCCCUCAUGCUCGCCUCUACUCUGCCCUCAUGCUCGCCUCUACUCUGCCCUCAUGCUCGCCUCUACUCUGCCCUCAUGCUCGCCUCUACUCUGCCCUCAUGCUCGCCUGUACUCUGCCCUCAUGCUCGCCUGUACUCUGCCCUCAUGCUCGCCUCUACUCUGCCCUCAUGCUCGCUUGUAUUAUUUUCUCAUGCUCGCCUCUACUCUGCCCUCAUGCUCGCCUCUACUCUGCCCUCAUGCUCGCCUCUACUCUGCCCUCAUGCUCGCCUCUACUCUGCCCUCAUGCUCGCCUGUACUCUGCCCUCAUGCUCGCCUCUACUCUGCCCUCAUGCUCGCCUCUACUCUGCCCUCAUGCUCGCCUGUACUCUGCCCUCAUGCUCGCCUCUACUCUGCCCUCAUGCUCGCCUCUACUCUGCCCUCAUGCUCGCUUGUAUUAUUUUCUCAUGCUCGCCUCUACUCUGCCCUCAUGCUCGCCUCUACUCUGCCCUCAUGCUCGCCUCUACUCUGCCCUCAUGCUCGCCUGUACUCUGCCCUCAUGCUCGCCUCUACUCUGCCCUCAUGCUCGCCUCUACUCUGCCCUCAUGCUCGACUGUACUCUGCCCUCAUGCUCGCCUCUACUCUGCUCUCAUGCUCGCCUCUACUCUGCCCUCAUGCUCACCUCUACUCUGCCCUCAUGCUCGCCUCUACUCUGCCCUCAUGCUCGCCUGUAUUAUUUUCUCAUGCUCGCCUCUACUCUGCCCUCAUGCUCGCCUCUACUCUGCCCUCAUGCUCGCCUCUACUCUGCCCUCAUGCUCGCCUCUACUCUGCCCUCAUGCUCGCCUGUAUUAUUUUCUCAUGCUCGCCUCUACUCUGCCCUCAUGCUCGCCUCUACUCUGCCCUCAUGCUCGCCUGUACUCUGCCCUCAUGCUCGCCUCUACUCUGCCCUCAUGCUCGCCUCUACUCUGCCCUCAUGCUCGCUUGUAUUAUUUUCUCAUGCUCGCCUCUACUCUGCCCUCAUGCUCGCCUCUACUCUGCCCUCAUGCUCGCCUCUACUCUGCCCUCAUGCUCGCCUGUACUCUGCCCUCAUGCUCGCCUCUACUCUGCCCUCAUGCUCGCCUCUACUCUGCCCUCAUGCUCACCUCUACUCUGCCCUCAUGCUCGCCUCUACUCUGCCCUCAUGCUCGCCUGUAUUAUUUUCUCAUGCUCGCCUCUACUCUGCCCUCAUGCUCGCCUCUACUCUGCCCUCAUGCUCGCCUCUACUCUGCCCUCAUGCUCGCCUCUACUCUGCCCUCAUGCUCGCCUGUAUUAUUUUCUCAUGCUCGCCUCUACUCUGCCCUCAUGCUCGCCUCUACUCUGCCCUCAUGCUCGCCUGUACUCUGCCCUCAUGCUCGCCUCUACUCUGCCCUCAUGCUUGCCUCUACUCUGCCCUCAUGCUCGCCUCUACUCUGCCCUCAUGCUCGCCUCUACUCUGCCCUCAUGCUCGCCUCUACUCUGCCCUCAUGCUCGCCUGUACUCUGCCCUCAUGCUCGCCUCUACUCUGCCCUCAUGCUUGCCUCUACUCUGCCCUCAUGCUCGCCUCUACUCUGCCCUCAUGCUCGUCUCUACUCUGCCCUCAUGCUCGUCUCUACUCUGCCCUCAUGCUCGCCUGUACUCUGCCCUCAUGCUCGCCUGUACUCUGCCCUCAUGCUCGCCUCUACUCUGCCCUCAUGCUCGCCUGUACUCUGCCCUCAUGCUCGCCUCUACUCUGCCCUCAUGCUCGCCUCUACUCUGCCCUCAUGCUCGCCUCUACUCUGCCCUCAUGCUCGCCUCUACUCUGCCCUCAUGCUCGCCUCUACUCUGCCCUCAUGCUCGCCUGUAUUAUUUUCUCAUGCUCGCCUGUACUCUGCCCUCAUGCUCGCCUCUACUCUGCCCUCAUGUUUGUCUCUACUCUGCCCUCAUGCUCGCCUCUACUCUGCCCUCAUGCUCGCCUGUACUCUGCCCUCAUGCUCGCCUCUACUCUGCCCUCAUGCUCGCCUCUACUCUGCCCUCAUGCUCGCCUGUACUCUGCCCUCAUGCUCGCCUCUACUCUGCCCUCAUGCUCGCCUCUACUCUGCCCUCAUGCUCGCCUUUUUUGUUUUCUCAUGCUCGCCUGUACUCUGCCCUCAUGCUCGCCUCUACUCUGCCCUCAUGUUUGUCUCUACUCUGCCCUCAUGCUCGCCUCUACUCUGCCCUCAUGCUCGCCUGUACUCUGCCCUCAUGCUCGCCUCUACUCUGCCCUCAUGCUCGCCUCUACUCUGCCCUCAUGCUCACCUGUACUCUGCCCUCAUGCUCGCCUCUACUCUGCCCUCAUGCUCGCCUCUACUCUGCCCUCUUGCUCCCAUCAUGCUCGCCUGUACUCUGCCCUCAUGCCCGCCUCUACUCUACCCUCAUGCUCGCCUGUACUCUGCCCUCAUGCUCGCCUCUACUCUGCCCUCAUGCUCGCCUGUAUUAUUUUCUCAUGCUCGCCUCUACUCUGCCCUCAUGCUCGCCUCUACUCUGCCCUCAUGCUCGCCUGUACUCUGCCCUCAUGCUCGCCUCUACUCUGCCCUCAUGCUCACCUGUACUCUGCCCUCAUGCUCGCCUCUACUCUGCCCUCAUGCUCGCCUCUACUCUACCCUCAUGCUCGCCUGUACUCUGCCCUCAUGCUCGCCUGUAUUAUUUUCUCAUGCUCGCCUGUACUCUGCCCUCAUGCUCGCCUCUACUCUGCCCUCAUGCUCGCCUGUACUCUGCCCUCAUGCUCGCCUCUACUCUGCCCUCAUGCUCGCCUCUACUCUGCCCUCAUGCUCGCCUCUACCCUGCCCUCAUGCUCGCCUCUACUCUGCCCUCAUGCUCGCCUCUACUCUGCCCUCAUGCUCGCCUGUACUCUGCCCUCAUGCUCGCCUCUACUCUGCCCUCAUGCUCACCUGUACUCUGCCCUCAUGCUCGCCUCUACUCUGCCCUCAUGCUCGCCUCUACUCUACCCUCAUGCUCGCCUGUACUCUGCCCUCAUGCUCGCCUGUAUUAUUUUCUCAUGCUCGCCUGUACUCUGCCCUCAUGCUCGCCUCUACUCUGCCCUCAUGCUCGCCUGUACUCUGCCCUCAUGCUCGCCUCUACUCUGCCCUCAUGCUCGCCUCUACUCUGCCCUCAUGCUCGCCUCUACUCUGCCCUCAUGCUCACCUCUACUCUGCCCUCAUGCUCGCCUCUACUCUGCCCUCAUGCUCGCCUGUAUUAUUUUCUCAUGCUCGCCUCUACUCUGCCCUCAUGCUCGCCUCUACUCUGCCCUCAUGCUCGCCUCUACUCUGCCCUCAUGCUCGCCUCUACUCUGCCCUCAUGCUCGCCUGUAUUAUUUUCUCAUGCUCGCCUCUACUCUACCCUCAUGCUCGCCUCUACUCUGCCCUCAUGCUCGCCUGUACUCUGCCCUCAUGCUCGCCUCUACUCUGCCCUCAUGCUCGCCUCUACUCUGCCCUCAUGCUCGCCUCUACUCUGCCCUCAUGCUCGUCUCUACUCUGCCCUCAUGCUCGUCUCUACUCUGCCCUCAUGCUCGCCUGUACUCUGCCCUCAUGCUCGCCUGUACUCUGCCCUCAUGCUCGCCUCUACUCUGCCCUCAUGCUCGCCUCUACUCUGCCCUCAUGCUCGCCUCUACUCUGCCCUCAUGCUCGCCUCUACUCUGCCCUCAUGCUCGCCUCUACUCUGCCCUCAUGCUCGCCUCUUCUCUGCCCUCAUGCUCGCCUCUACUCUGCCCUCAUGCUCGCCUGUAUUAUUUUCUCAUGCUCGCCUGUACUCUGCCCUCAUGCUCGCCUCUACUCUGCCCUCAUGUUUGUCUCUACUCUGCCCUCAUGCUCGCCUCUACUCUGCCCUCAUGCUCGCCUGUACUCUGCCCUCAUGCUCGCCUCUACUCUGCCCUCAUGCUCGCCUCUACUCUGCCCUCAUGCUCGCCUGUACUCUGCCCUCAUGCUCGCCUCUACUCUGCCCUCAUGCUCGCCUCUACUCUGCCCUCAUGCUCGCCUCUACUCUGCCCUCAUGCUCGCCUCUACUCUGCCCUCAUGCUCGUCUCUACUCUGCCCUCAUGCUCGUCUCUACUCUGCCCUCAUGCUCGCCUGUACUCUGCCCUCAUGCUCGCCUGUACUCUGCCCUCAUGCUCGCCUCUACUCUGCCCUCAUGCUCGCCUGUACUCUGCCCUCAUGCUCGCCUCUACUCUGCCCUCAUGCUCGCCUCUACUCUGCCCUCAUGCUCGCCUCUACUCUGCCCUCAUGCUCGCCUCUUCUCUGCCCUCAUGCUCGCCUCUACUCUGCCCUCAUGCUCGCCUGUAUAAUUUUCUCAUGCUCGCCUGUACUCUGCCCUCAUGCUCGCCUCUACUCUGCCCUCAUGCUUGUCUCUACUCUGCCCUCAUGCUCGCCUCUACUCUGCCCUCAUGCUCGCCUGUACUCUGCCCUCAUGCUCGCCUCUACUCUGCCCUCAUGCUCGCCUCUACUCUGCCCUCAUGCUCGCCUGUACUCUGCCCUCAUGCUCGCCUCUACUCUGCCCUCAUGCUCGCCUCUACUCUGCCCUCAUGCUCGCCUGUACUCUGCCCUCAUGCUCGCCUCUACUCUGCCCUCAUGCUCGCCUCUACUCUGCCCUCAUGUUUGUCUCUACUCUGCCCUCAUGCUCGCCUCUACUCUGCCCUCAUGCUCGCCUGUACUCUGCCCUCAUGCUCGCCUCUACUCUGCCCUCAUGCUCGCCUCUACUCUGCCCUUAUGCUCGCCUGUACUCUGCCCUCAUGCUCGCCUCUACUCUGCCCUCAUGCUCGCCUCUACUCUGCCCUCAUGCUCGCCUCUACUCUGCCCUCAUGCUCGCCUCUACUCUGCCCUCAUGCUCGCCUGUAUUAUUUUCUCAUGCUCACCUCUACUCUGCCCUCAUGCUCGCCUCUACUCUGCCCUCAUGCUCGCCUGUACUCUGCCCUCAUGCUCGCCUGUACUCUGCCCUCAUGCUCGCCUCUACUCUGCCCUCAUGCUCGUCUCUACACUGCCCUCAUGCUCGCCUCUACUCUGCCCUCAUGCUCGUCUCUACUCUGCCCUCAUGCUCGCCUCUACUCUGCCCUCAUGCUCGCCUGUACUCUGCCCUCAUGCUCGCCUCUACUCUGCCCUCAUGCUCGCCUGUACUCUGCCCUCAUGCCCGCCUCUACUCUACCCUCAUGCUCGCCUGUACUCUGCCCUCAUGCUCGCCUCUACUCUGCCCUCAUGCUCGCCUGUAUUAUUUUCUCAUGCUCGCCUCUACUCUGCCCUCAUGCUCGCCUGUAUUAUUUUCUCAUGCUCGCCUCUACUCUGCCCUCAUGCUCGCCUCUACUCUGCCCUCAUGCUCGCCUGUACUCUGCCCUCAUGCUCGCCUCUACUCUGCCCUCAUGCUCGCCUGUACUCUACCCUCAUGCUCGCCUGUACUCUGCCCUCAUGCUCGCCUCUACUCUGCCCUCAUGCUCGCCUCUACUCUGCCCUCAUGCUCGCCUCUACUCUGCCCUCAUGCUCGCCUCUACUCUGCCCUCAUGCUCGCCUGUAUUAUUUUCUCAUGCUCGCCUCUACUCUGCCCUCAUGCUCGCCUCUACUCUGCCCUCAUGCUCGCCUGUACUCUGCCCUCAUGCUCGCCUCUACUCUGCCCUCAUGCUCACCUGUACUCUGCCCUCAUGCUCGCCUCUACUCUGCCCUCAUGCUCGCCUCUACUCUACCCUCAUGCUCGCCUGUACUCUGCCCUCAUGCUCGCCUGUAUUAUUUUCUCAUGCUCGCCUGUACUCUGCCCUCAUGCUCGCCUCUACUCUGCCCUCAUGCUCGCCUGUACUCUGCCCUCAUGCUCGCCUCUACUCUGCCCUCAUGCUCGCCUCUACUCUGCCCUCAUGCUCGCCUCUACUCUGCCCUCAUGCUCACCUCUACUCUGCCCUCAUGCUCGCCUCUACUCUGCCCUCAUGCUCGCCUGUAUUAUUUUCUCAUGCUCGCCUCUACUCUGCCCUCAUGCUCGCCUCUACUCUGCCCUCAUGCUCGCCUCUACUCUGCCCUCAUGCUCGCCUCUACUCUGCCCUCAUGCUCGCCUGUAUUAUUUUCUCAUGCUCGCCUCUACUCUACCCUCAUGCUCGCCUCUACUCUGCCCUCAUGCUCGCCUGUACUCUGCCCUCAUGCUCGCCUCUACUCUGCCCUCAUGCUCGCCUCUACUCUGCCCUCAUGCUCGCCUCUACUCUGCCCUCAUGCUCGUCUCUACUCUGCCCUCAUGCUCGUCUCUACUCUGCCCUCAUGCUCGCCUGUACUCUGCCCUCAUGCUCGCCUGUACUCUGCCCUCAUGCUCGCCUCUACUCUGCCCUCAUGCUCGCCUCUACUCUGCCCUCAUGCUCGCCUCUACUCUGCCCUCAUGCUCGCCUCUACUCUGCCCUCAUGCUCGCCUCUACUCUGCCCUCAUGCUCGCCUCUUCUCUGCCCUCAUGCUCGCCUCUACUCUGCCCUCAUGCUCGCCUGUAUUAUUUUCUCAUGCUCGCCUGUACUCUGCCCUCAUGCUCGCCUCUACUCUGCCCUCAUGUUUGUCUCUACUCUGCCCUCAUGCUCGCCUCUACUCUGCCCUCAUGCUCGCCUGUACUCUGCCCUCAUGCUCGCCUCUACUCUGCCCUCAUGCUCGCCUCUACUCUGCCCUCAUGCUCGCCUGUACUCUGCCCUCAUGCUCGCCUCUACUCUGCCCUCAUGCUCGCCUCUACUCUGCCCUCAUGCUCGCCUCUACUCUGCCCUCAUGCUCGCCUCUACUCUGCCCUCAUGCUCGUCUCUACUCUGCCCUCAUGCUCGUCUCUACUCUGCCCUCAUGCUCGCCUGUACUCUGCCCUCAUGCUCGCCUGUACUCUGCCCUCAUGCUCGCCUCUACUCUGCCCUCAUGCUCGCCUGUACUCUGCCCUCAUGCUCGCCUCUACUCUGCCCUCAUGCUCGCCUCUACUCUGCCCUCAUGCUCGCCUCUACUCUGCCCUCAUGCUCGCCUCUUCUCUGCCCUCAUGCUCGCCUCUACUCUGCCCUCAUGCUCGCCUGUAUUAUUUUCUCAUGCUCGCCUGUACUCUGCCCUCAUGCUCGCCUCUACUCUGCCCUCAUGUUUGUCUCUACUCUGCCCUCAUGCUCGCCUCUACUCUGCCCUCAUGCUCGCCUGUACUCUGCCCUCAUGCUCGCCUCUACUCUGCCCUCAUGCUCGCCUCUACUCUGCCCUCAUGCUCGCCUGUACUCUGCCCUCAUGCUCGCCUCUACUCUGCCCUCAUGCUCGCCUCUACUCUGCCCUCAUGCUCGCCUGUACUCUGCCCUCAUGCUCGCCUCUACUCUGCCCUCAUGCUCGCCUCUACUCUGCCCUCAUGCUCGCCUGUAUUAUUUUCUCAUGCUCGCCUGUACUCUGCCCUCAUGCUCGCCUCUACUCUGCCCUCAUGUUUGUCUCUACUCUGCCCUCAUGCUCGCCUCUACUCUGCCCUCAUGCUCGCCUGUACUCUGCCCUCAUGCUCGCCUCUACUCUGCCCUCAUGCUCGCCUCUACUCUGCCCUUAUGCUCGCCUGUACUCUGCCCUCAUGCUCGCCUCUACUCUGCCCUCAUGCUCGCCUCUACUCUGCCCUCAUGCUCGCCUCUACUCUGCCCUCAUGCUCGCCUCUACUCUGCCCUCAUGCUCGCCUGUAUUAUUUUCUCAUGCUCACCUCUACUCUGCCCUCAUGCUCGCCUCUACUCUGCCCUCAUGCUCGCCUGUACUCUGCCCUCAUGCUCGCCUGUACUCUGCCCUCAUGCUCGCCUCUACUCUGCCCUCAUGCUCGUCUCUACACUGCCCUCAUGCUCGCCUCUACUCUGCCCUCAUGCUCGUCUCUACUCUGCCCUCAUGCUCGCCUCUACUCUGCCCUCAUGCUCGCCUGUACUCUGCCCUCAUGCUCGCCUCUACUCUGCCCUCAUGCUCGCCUGUACUCUGCCCUCAUGCCCGCCUCUACUCUACCCUCAUGCUCGCCUGUACUCUGCCCUCAUGCUCGCCUCUACUCUGCCCUCAUGCUCGCCUGUAUUAUUUUCUCAUGCUCGCCUCUACUCUGCCCUCAUGCUUGCCUGUAUUAUUUUCUCAUGCUCGCCUCUACUCUGCCCUCAUGCUCGCCUCUACUCUGCCCUCAUGCUCGCCUGUACUCUGCCCUCAUGCUCGCCUCUACUCUGCCCUCAUGCUCGCCUGUACUCUACCCUCAUGCUCGCCUGUACUCUGCCCUCAUGCUCGCCUCUACUCUGCCCUCAUGCUCGCCUCUACUCUGCCCUCAUGCUCGCCUCUACUCUGCCCUCAUGCUCGCCUCUACUCUGCCCUCAUGCUCGCCUCUACUCUGCCCUCAUGCUCGCUUGUAUUAUUUUCUCAUGCUCGCCUCUACUCUGCCCUCAUGCUCGCCUAUCCUCUGCCCUCAUGCUCGCCUCUACUCUGCCCUCAUGCUCGCCUGUACUCUGCCCUCAUGCUCGCCUCUACUCUGCCCUCAUGCUCGCCUGUAUUAUUUUCUCAUGCUCGCCUCUACUCUGCCCUCAUGCUCGCCUGUAUUAUUUUCUCAUGCUCGCCUCUACUCUGCCCUCAUGCUCGCCUCUACUCUGCCCUCAUGCUCGCUUCUACUCUGCCCUCAUGCUCGCCUCUACUCUGCCCUCAUGCUCGCCUCUACUCUGCCCUCAUGCUCGCCUCUACUCUGCCCUCAUGCUCGCCUGUACUCUGCCCUCAUGCUCGCCUCUACUCUGCCCUCAUGCUCGCCUCUACUCUGCCCUCAUGCUCGCCUGUACUCUGCCCUCAUGCUCGCCUCUACUCUGCCCUCAUGCUCGUCUCUACUCUGCCCUCAUGCUCGCUUCUACUCUGCCCUCAUGCUCGCCUCUACUCUGCCCUCAUGCUCGCCUCUACUCUGCCCUCAUGCUCGCCUCUACUCUGCCCUCAUGCUCGCCUCUACUCUGCCCUCAUGCUCGCCUCUACUCUGCCCUCAUGCUCGCCUCUACUCUGCCCUCAUGCUCGUCUCUACUCUGGCCCUCAUGCUCGCCUCUACUCUGCCCUCGUGCUCGCCUCUACUCUGCCCUCAUGCUCGCCUGUACUCUGCCCUCAUGCUCGCCUCUACUCUGCCCUCAUGCUCGCCUCUACUCUGCCCUCAUGCUCGCCUGUACUCUGCCCUCAUGCUCGCCUCUACUCUGCCCUCAUGCUCGCCUCUACUCUGCCCUCAUGCUCGCCUGUACUCUGGCCUCAUGCUCGCCUCUACUCUGCCCUCAUGCUCGCCUCUACUCUGCCCUCAUGCUCGCCUGUAUUAUUUUCUCAUGCUCGCCUGUACUCUGCCCUCAUGCUCGCCUCUACUCUGCCCUCAUGUUUGUCUCUACUCUGCCCUCAUGCUCGCCUCUACUCUGCCCUCAUGCUCGCCUGUACUCUGCCCUCAUGCUCGCCUCUACUCUGCCCUCAUGCUCGCCUCUACUCUGCCCUCAUGCUCGCCUGUACUCUGCCCUCAUGCUCGCCUCUACUCUGCCCUCAUGCUCGCCUCUACUCUGCCCUCAUGCUCGCCUGUACUCUGCCCUCAUGCUCGCCUCUACUCUGCCCUCAUGCUCGCCUCUACUCUGCCCUCAUGCUCGCCUGUAUUUUUUUCUCAUGCUCGCCUGUACUCUGCCCUCAUGCUCGCCUCUACUCUGCCCUCAUGUUUGUCUCUACUCUGCCCUCAUGCUCGCCUCUACUCUGCCCUCAUGCUCGCCUGUACUCUGCCCUCAUGCUCGCCUCUACUCUGCCCUCAUGCUCGCCUCUACUCUGCCCUCAUGCUCGCCUGUACUCUGCCCUCAUGCUCGCCUCUACUCUGCCCUCAUGCUCGCCUCUACUCUGCCCUCAUGCUCGCCUCUACUCUGCCCUCAUGCUCGCCUCUACUCUGCCCUCAUGCUCGCCUGUAUUAUUUUCUCAUGCUCACCUCUACUCUGCCCUCAUGCUCGCCUCUACUCUGCCCUCAUGCUCGCCUGUACUCUGCCCUCAUGCUCGCCUGUACUCUGCCCUCAUGCUCGCCUCUACUCUGCCCUCAUGCUCGUCUCUACACUGCCCUCAUGCUCGCCUCUACUCUGCCCUCAUGCUCGUCUCUACUCUGCCCUCAUGCUCGCCUCUACUCUGCCCUCAUGCUCGCCUGUACUCUGCCCUCAUGCUCGCCUCUACUCUGCCCUCAUGCUCGCCUGUACUCUGCCCUCAUGCCCGCCUCUACUCUACCCUCAUGCUCGCCUGUACUCUGCCCUCAUGCUCGCCUCUACUCUGCCCUCAUGCUCGCCUGUAUUAUUUUCUCAUGCUCGCCUCUACUCUGCCCUCAUGCUCGCCUGUAUUAUUUUCUCAUGCUCGCCUCUACUCUGCCCUCAUGCUCGCCUCUACUCUGCCCUCAUGCUCGCCUGUACUCUGCCCUCAUGCUCGCCUCUACUCUGCCCUCAUGCUCGCCUGUACUCUACCCUCAUGCUCGCCUGUACUCUGCCCUCAUGCUCGCCUCUACUCUGCCCUCAUGCUCGCCUCUACUCUGCCCUCAUGCUCGCCUCUACUCUGCCCUCAUGCUCGCCUCUACUCUGCCCUCAUGCUCGCCUCUACUCUGCCCUCAUGCUCGCUUGUAUUAUUUUCUCAUGCUCGCCUCUACUCUGCCCUCAUGCUCGCCUAUCCUCUGCCCUCAUGCUCGCCUCUACUCUGCCCUCAUGCUCGCCUGUACUCUGCCCUCAUGCUCGCCUCUACUCUGCCCUCAUGCUCGCCUCUACUCUGCCCUCAUGCUCGCUUGUAUUAUUUUCUCAUGCUCGCCUCUACUCUGCCCUCAUGCUCGCCUAUCCUCUGCCCUCAUGCUCGCCUCUACUCUGCCCUCAUGCUCGCCUGUACUCUGUCCUCAUGCUCACCUGUACUCUGCCCUCAUGCUCGCCUCUACUCUGCCCUCAUGCUCGCCUCUACUCUACCCUCAUGCUCGCCUGUACUCUGCCCUCAUGCUCGCCUGUAUUAUUUUCUCAUGCUCGCCUGUACUCUGCCCUCAUGCUCGCCUCUACUCUGCCCUCAUGCUCGCCUCUACUCUGCCCUCAUGCUCGCCUCUACUCUGCCCUCAUGCUCGCCUGUACUCUGCCCUCAUGCUCGCCUCUACUCUGCCCUCAUGCUCGCCUCUACUCCGCCCUCAUGCUCGCUUGUAUUAUUUUCUCAUGCUCGCUUCUUCUCUGCCCUCAUGCUCGCCUCUACUCUGCCCUCAUGCUCGCCUCUACUCUGCCCUCAUGCUCGCGUGUACUCUGCCCUCAUGCUCGCCUCUACUCUGCCCUCAUGCUCGCCUGUACUCUACCCUCAUGCUCGCCUCUACUCUGCCCUCAUGCUCGCCUCUACUCUGCCCUCAUGCUCGCCUGUACUCUGCCCUCAUGCUCGCCUCUACUCUGCCCUCAUGCUCGCCUCUACUCUGCCCUCAUGCUCGCUUGUAUUAUUUUCUCAUGCUCGCCUCUACUCUGCCCUCAUGCUCGCCUAUCCUCUGCCCUCAUGCUCGCCUCUACUCUGCCCUCAUGCUCGCCUGUACUCUGCCCUCAUGCUCGCCUCUACUCUGCCCUCAUGCUCGCCUCUACUCUGCCCUCAUGCUCGCCUCUACUCUGCCCUCAUGCUCGCCUCUACUCUGCCCUCAUGCUCGCCUCUACUCUGCCCUCAUGCUCGCCUGUACUCUACCCUCAUGCUCGCCUGUACUCUGCCCUCAUGCUCGCCUCUACUCUGCCCUCAUGCUCGCCUCUACUCUGCCCUCAUGCUCGCCUCUACUCUGCCCUCAUGCUCGCCUCUACUCUGCCCUCAUGCUCGCCUCUACUCUGCCCUCAUGCUCGCCUCUACUCUGCCCUCAUGCUCGCCUCUACUCUGCCCUCAUGCUCGCCUCUACUCUGCCCUCAUGCUCGCCUCUACUUUGCCCUCAUGCUCGCCCCUACUCUGCCCUCAUGCUCGCCUGUACUCUGCCCUCAUGCUCGCCUCUACCCUGCCCUCAUGCUCGCCUCUACUCUGCCCUCAUGCUCGCUUCUACUCUGCCCUCAUGCUCGCCUCUACUCUGCCCUCAUGCUCGCCUCUACUCUGCCCUCAUGCUCGCCUCUACUCUGCCCUCAUGCUCGCCUGUACUCUGCCCUCAUGCUCGCCUCUACCCUGCCCUCAUGCUCGCCUCUACUCUGCCCUCAUGCUCGCUUCUACUCUGCCCUCAUGCUCGCCUCUACUCUGCCCUCAUGCUCGCCUCUACUCUGCCCUCAUGCUCGCCUCUACUCUGCCCUCAUGCUCGCCUGUACUCUGCCCUCAUGCUCGCCUCUACUCUGCCCUCAUGCUCGCCUCUACUCUGCCCUCAUGCUCGCCUGUACUCUGCCCUCAUGCUCGCCUCUACUCUGCCCUCAUGCUCGUCUCUACUCUGCCCUCAUGCUCGCUUCUACUCUGCCCUCAUGCUCGCCUCUACUCUGCCCUCAUGCUCGCCUCUACUCUGCCCUCAUGCUCGCCUCUACUCUGCCCUCAUGCUCGCCUCUACUCUGCCCUCAUGCUCGCCUCUACUCUGCCCUCAUGCUCGCCUCUACUCUGCCCUCAUGCUCGUCUCUACUCUGGCCCUCAUGCUCGCCUCUACUCUGCCCUCUCUGGAAUUUUUCUGUGCGCAGAGAAGUGGGAGGGGCUGGAUGUGUGCGAGCAAUUCUCGCUGCAGCAGAUGCUAAGGGCCACCAACAACUGGUCGGAGGACAAUGUGCUGGGCAAGGGUGGCUUUGGCAUUGUAUACAAAGGCCGCUCUCCACAGGGCCAGCUGUGGGCCAUCAAGCGAUCCACCAUCAUGACCAACGACUUCGAAACGGAGGUGCGAGCCAUGGCCUCUCUCCACCACACACACCUCGUGCGCCUGCUGGGCUUUUGCCUCGACCAGAACGUGGAGACAGGCAAGCAGGAGCAGAUCCUCGUGUACGAUUUCAUAGGCAAUAGGGACAUGGAGUACCAUAUCCACAAGACCAAGCGUCCGCUGUCUCUACGCCAGAGGCUGCGCCUGGCACUGGGAGCAGCAGAGGGCUUGGCGUACCUGCACGGGUUUGACACGCCCAUCGUUCACCGCGACAUCAAGCCCGCCAACAUUCUUGUGACUGAAGACAUGCAAGCCAAGGUGGCUGACUUUGGGCUGCUCAAGCGCCUCACUCACGGCGAUGCUGAUGCCACGCGAGUUGCUGGCACUCCGGGCUAUGUGGAUCCGGAUUACAACCGCACCAAUGUCAUCACAGCCAAGAGUGACGUGUUCAGCUUUGGAGUCGUGCUUCUUGAGCUGCUGAGUGGAAAGUCGCCCCAAGCUAUGAAGCUGGUGGAGACAUAUGAGCUAGAAGAGCUGAGGGACAGCAAGAUGCCGGCGGCAAGUGAAGAGGCUAUAGUGGAACUUGCAGACCUGGCUCUGGACUGCAUCAAGUCUCCUGGCACACGGCGACCCACUAUGAAGGAUGUGGCAUACCGCCUCAGUGCCCUCAUUGCCAAGCACUGCCCCGACAAGGAGGAUGAGUGGGAGAGUGCCACAGAAGAAGAGAGUGAAAGCAACAAGGGUAGUUAA